AUGCCAAUAAUAGCGGAUGUCGAAAGAACAAACUUCAACGUUCCCGAAUUAACACACAAUUUAAAUACAUUGUUAGAUGUUACUGAAGAGGAAAUUUGUAAAACUGAUAGACAAGUUCGUUAUUUAAAGGAUCAAAACGAAGUUUUAUUGAAUGAGCAAAGCCGAAUAGAGGACGAAUUGGCUGAAAGUAAAGCAGAAAUUGUUAGACUUGAGGAAGUUUACAGUAUUGUCAAACAAUUUUAUCAAGAAUCUUCACUUGAAAAUUCUACAUUGGAGGAAUGCAGGGAAUUGUUUAUUACGUUGAGAGAGAAAUAUUCUGUCGAAUAUACAUUGUAUGGACUUGAUGCUAUUGCAAUUCCUGUUUUAUUGCCAAAGAUAAGUAAAUAUUUCUCUACAUGGGACCCACUUGAUCCAGAAUACGCUUCUUAUGGUUUCGAAAUGAUGGAAGAUUGGAAAGAAAUAUUGGGAUCAACAAAAGGCGGUUCUUUAUUCAAGCAUUUUGAUAAAGAUUCAAACGCCUCAAUCUCUGCUUAUGAUCAUUGUAUUUGGAGUGGGUGGAUGCCUAGUAUGCGCCGAGCAGCUCUUACUUGGAAUCCAAGAGAUAAUGGCCCGGUUAUGGUCAGUCUAGUACAGAAAUGGAUGCCUAUAUUGCCUAAUUGGGUGCUGGAAAAUUUACUUGAACAGGUUUUGGCUCCUAGAAUCAAAAUUAAAGUAGACGAUUGGGAUCCAGUGACUGAUCCAGUUCCAAUUGAAACGUGGCUACAUCCUUGGCAUGCAAUUAUGGGAGAUCGUUUGUUACAUACAUAUGCGACGCUCAGGCAAAAACUUGCAAAAGGAUUGAAUAGUUGGCUUCCUGGAGAUAGAAGGUUUGGAAUUAUGUAUUUUUGGGUUUUUUUCUUAUGCUGUAAAGCAUAG